AUGGUCAUGGACUGGUUCUCGUGGCUCUCGAAGACCGGGCUCGACCCGACCCUUGUCUACGAGUACGGCCUCGCCUUCGCCCAAAACGAGCUCGACCACGACGACAUCCCCUACUUCAAUCACGAAUUCCUUCUCAGCAUGGGCAUCGCCGUCGCCAAGCACCGCCUAGAGAUCCUCAAGCUCGCCGCAAAACACAAAAUCCGCCGCCCCCGCGACCACGAUCUCCCUCUCGCCGUCUCCCGCAUCCUCACCGCCGUCCGCCACACGAGGAGGCGCCUCUCCCGAUGCGUCCGGACGUGGAUCCGCCGCAGCGACGAGUCGUCGGCGCUGGCAAUCGUACCGCGGCCGAGCGGCAGCGGGCGGUGGAAGAGCUCCGCCGCGGCGAAGCGGGAGGCGCGGCUGGCGGUCAUCAAGCCGAGUAAAAAACCGCUGCUGCUGACGAACGGAAGCCCGAUGCUGUUCGGGAGCUCGAGGAUCAACAGUUUCGCGAGCCCUAAUUUGGAUUGGGAGGCGGAGGAGAGGGAUUUCGGCGGCGGCGAUCGGAAAUUGGAGGGUGGGGAUCGCGAGGAGUACUGGUCCUCUGCGGUUGAGAAGAUACGGUGGGAUACAAUGUUCCAGAAUUUGAAACCUACCUGA